UUCAGACGUAGUACAAAGCCAGACACUGGGCCCAUAAUGAUAUGUGUGGAUUUGACACAUAGAAGUAAUCCACGACACCUACCUAGUUCGAUUUUUGUCCAUCAUGUUUGUGUAUACGGGAAUUUUUAUCAGCCAACAAUUCAGUUGAAGUGUUUUGGCGGACUGUCUGGUAGCAGAAGUGCAGCCUUGAUUCCACAAUGGUUACACCACGAAUAUUAGAGUAACAAACUGUCCAUGAGUACUCAAGCGACUGUCAUCCCCCAUUACUGUCUGCACUUUAGGUUGCAUAGGCUUGACCUUCAGGCUCGGUCCGUCAAAUUGAUAAGGCCUAUCAAGUUAUGUCUGUUUGGUUUAUUGUGAAAUUUGAUCUCUUCAAUCGAAGAUCGGCCGUAUGGCACAGAAGCCCUUUUGGGAAAUGUACCUUGUAUGGCUGACCAACCAACUCAAGUUCCAGCCACUGCAGCACGGCCGUCAGACUGUGUUUCCAAAUCAUCAGAAGAAUCAACCUCAACGGCGGCCGAAAAAACAAGUCUGGCUAAACAUUACAGUAGUCUCGAGAGCAUAGAACAGCAUAGAAGAGUCAUCGAGAGGUGUGCAGAAGCGUUAAGGACCACGUACAAGUCCACAGGUAGCUAUGUGCCUAUGAUACCGUGGGUUGACGAUGACUCGAAGCACAUUGACGAAAUCUACUCGGGAUUGAUGUUGGAAACUGAAGAAGGCCUGACCGAUUCAGAGAGAAGGAGCAGGGUUUUGGAAACUUACGGGGAAAUUUUUGAGGUGAAAACUAAAAAUGGCGACCCAAUCCACAUCGCAAUAUUAAAGGGUGAACCCGGCAGAGGAAAGUCAACGCUUGUCAAAAAAAUGGCGUAUGAUUGGGCAGUUUACAUUAGAGUCCUGCAGAAAUACAAGCUUGUUUUUGUUUUGAAAAUGCAUGCACUGGAACAAGGUUGUGACGUCAUUGACGCCAUUUCUGACCAGCUGUUGCCCUGGUUGACAAGUAGUGACCGACGUGUUUUGGACUUGUACAUUCAAGACAGUUCCGAUAAAGUACUGUUUCUGAUGGAUGGUUUUGACGAGCUCAUGACAAGCGCACUCUGUGAAAGCUCAUUUGGUUCUGUCUUUCAUGUCCUACAUCGGAAGAAAUACACAGGUUGCUCUGUUGUAGUGACAACGCGCCCCUCCCACUAUGCCAACUUGUAUGGCUGA